CGCGGGAUUGGUUCGUUUUUGACAGCGAGUGCGCGCAUAGCUGCCGGGAGUGCUUCCUCAGCAGUGAGCCUACGAGCAUCCCAAGGGACGCUGACACAAGAAAUUGCAGCUCUCUGGGCUGUGUCAGCCAUUAUAAGGCAUCCCUGGUGUCGCGUCGACGCGCGCGUCGCGCGCUGAAGAGUACACGUACCGGAGAAGUGUGCAAACACAAUGGCAGAGGACUACGACCCGUUCUCCGCAGCGGAGGACGCCUACGAUCCCUUCGCGGCCGCGGACGCACCAGCUCCAGCACCGCCGCCAGUGGCCAUCGACGCCUCGCAGAUCGCCGCCGCAUUAGCACAAGAUGCAGCAAAACUACGGGGCGAGCUCGAGAGCAAGACGAAGCAGGCCGUCGAGAUGCAAAAGAAGCGCGACGCCGAGACCGCGGCCCGCAAGGCCCAGGAGCAGGCGGCGGCCGCGGCGCGCGCGGCCGAGCGGCGCGCGCGCGUCCUGGGCAGCACGGAGCUGACCCCGGAAGGCGUCUCGCGGUGCAUCGAGGCCGCGAUCUGCGCCGUGCUGCGCUGGCCGCCGCCGGGCGGCCUGGCGCGCUGGACCGUCGCGGCGCUGACGCCGUGGCUCGACGCGCCGGCCGCAGAAAUUCAGCAGCGCAUCGCCGGAGUCGACGCGCACGAGCUCGAGGAACUGCUCGAUGUCCGCGCGCGGCUCGCGCGGGCGCCGGACGCGGCGCGGCGGCUGACCGCGGCUCCUGCGAAACGGCGGCGCGGCGGCUGGGACGCGGCGGCGUCCGCGCGGCGGCGGCACACGGAGCCGGGGAGCUUCCGCGAGGCGGCCGCGGGCCGGACGGUCGCCGAGUUCGUGGGGAGCCGCAAGCGCUUCCGGGUGAUUGGUACUGACGUCGUCGCGUCGUCGCGGUCGCCGUCGCCGUCUUCGUCCUCUUCCUCGUCGGGGCGGCGACGCUCGCGCUCGCGUUCGCGCUCGCCGCGGCGACGGCUUCAGUCGCCGGGCAACCGCUCGCGCUCGCGCUCGCCCUCGCCGCGGCAACGGCGCGAGUCGCCGCCGCCGCGCCGCAACCGCUCGCGCUCGCGCUCUCCACUGCGCCGUAACCGUUCGCGCUCGCGCUCUCCACCGCGCCGCAGCCGCUACGACACGGCGCUGCCGCGGCGCCGGUCGCGGUCUCCUAGGCGGUCUUCCGGGAAGCGGUCGCGGUCUCGGUCGCGUCCGCGUCGCGACACGAAACGAAGCCGCUUCGACGAGCCGCGCGUCGUCUCGAAGGCGGCCGCGGCGGCCCGCGAGGCCGCAGAGCUGGCCGCUUUAUCGGAUGGCGCGCUCCGGGACCAGUGGCAGCGCGUCGUGAAAGCGGCGGUGCUCGAGGUCUUGGCGGAACCGCCGCCGGACGGCGCGCCGCACUGGCGCCUCGCGGAUCUCACGGGUCGCGUCGGCGCAAGUCGUCGCGCGCUCGAGGAUGGGAUCGCGAAAGUCGCUCCUGCGCGAGCCGCGGCGCGGCGCGUCCUAGCGCGGUGCCUGGGCGAUGGCGGUCGGUUUCACGACAUCUCGGACGGCUGCGGGUUUGCUUCUUUUGCUCGCAAGCAACCGUAUCUACGCGUCGUGGGUUUUCACGCAGACGCGGCCGUGCACGCCAUUGAGGUUCAAGCUGCCGAGGAGGGCGAGGCCGACGAGGCGCGCGCGCCCCUCUCGGUCGGCGACCGCGUGCGCUUCAAGCUGCCCGACCGGUCGGUCCGCAAGGGCGUCGUCACUGCGAUCCACCGCGGCGGCGAAAAGGUGUCGGUCCGGGAGGAGGGGACGGACGAGGUGCAUCGCCUGCCCGCCACGGCCGUCAAGCGGACGGCGUCGCGGUCGCCGCGGUCCUCAGCGGCGCCGGACGUGUCGAGGCCGCGCGCCUCGAAAUUCUCGGACGCGCCCGCACCGGCGCCGGCGCCGCGGCGCGCUUCGAAGUUUUCGGACGCACCUGCACCUGCGCCUACUACGCGGGCGCCGCGGCGCGCGUCGAAGUUCUCGGACGCGCCUCCGCCGCGGGCGCCUCCGCCACGGGCGCCUCCGCCGCGGGCGCCUCCGCCGCCGCCGCGGGCUGCCGAGCGGCGAGGGCCUCCGGCCUCCCCAGCGCGGGCACAUCGUGUACCGCCGCGGAAGGCACCGGAACAGAGCCGGCCUCCGGCCGCCCCGCCGCCACCGCCUGCGCCGCCGAAGGCCCCCGAGCGAAGACCGCCGCCGCCGCCGCGGAAGGUGCCGGUGUCGGCCCCGCGCGCGCGAACGGCAAAGGUGCCGGCCCCGGCGCCCAAGCCCUCGGCCCGAAAGAAAGCGAAGGGGACGCGGCCGCCGCGCUGUGUCGACUUCGAGAUCAAGAGCUUUGGCCAGCUGAUGGCCGAGAAGAAGAAGCAGUGA